AUGAAGCUAGAACGCAAUGGUUGCUCAAUUCUUCAAGAACACGCACCGAUGAAUACAACGUCGUUCUUGGACAAGCAGAUAAUGGAUCUCUCGCAAGGAUCAUCGCAGCAGAAUGACUUCAUCGGCCUGAUGAACCAUCCCCAAGAGGUGGAACAGCAGGUGGGCUACGGUAAUGGGCUUUCCAAGAAGGAAGAUAUCUUAUCCAACUAUUUCCAGUCCAUUCGUCCCAUAAUUGGAUCUUCUUUCCAGUCCCCAAAUAUUGAUGCCAAACAUAAUCUUGGAGGUGGAGGAGAAGGAUCCACUAGGGCAUGGAACUCCUCCGAGUCAAUGUCCAACACUACGUCUCCUAUCAGAAAUUAUGGUUCUCUGGAUUCCAUUAAACUGUCAGAACUUAUUUUAGAGAAGGACCGAAAUGUUCCUGAUGCUACAAUUGUGUCAGAGAUUGACCGCACCAUGAAGAAGCAUGUCGAUAGUUUACUCCAUGUGUUGGAAGGUGUUAGUGAGAAACUAACACAACUAGAGAGCAGAACCUGCCACCUUGAAAAUUCUGUAGAUGAUUUGAAGAUAUCCGUGGGAAACAAUCAUGGGAACACUGAUGGAAAGAUGAGACAGUUGGAGAAUGUUCUUAGAGAUGUGCAAACAGGUAUUCAGGUAUUGAAGGAUAAACAAGCAAUAGUAGAGGCCCAGCUCCAGCUUGGGAAGACGCGGGUAUCAAAUUCCAAGGUAGACACUCAAUCGCAAGUUUCUGGGCAGACAGUAGCUUCUGAAUCUAUGCAAGCUCACCAACAGCCUCCUCACCCUGUGAAUCUUCCAUCUUCACUUCCUGCUGUCUCUCCAAUGCUCCUCCCCAACCUAUGUUCCAAAGUAUGGUGGUUUCUCAAUGAACCACGAAUCCCUUCUUCUGCCACAGCUCACAGUGGAGGAAUUGGUUACCCACAGCUCCCAGUUGCUCGAGUAUUGCCUCAUGCAUCGCCUACCUCUUCUAGGGUGGGUGGUUCUUCAGGUUCAGCUGGGACUGGAAACAAGGUUCCCAUUGAUGAAGUGAUUGAUCAUGUGACAACUAUGGGUUUUCCAAGAGACCAUGUUAGGGCCUGGGCGACAAUUCGGAAGCUGAUGGACAAUGGCCAAGCAGUUGAUGUGAAUGUGGUGCUAGAUAAGCUGAUGAAUGACGGGGAAGUCCAGCCGCCUAGAGGUUUUUUUGGCUGGAAGUACAGUGUGCUUCGUUCAGACUUCUGUACCAAGCCAAUCCUAGUGAGUUCAGGUCCUUAG